GCCAGUUAUAGUUAUCUGGCCAAUGUUGCAUGUUGUGGGAGCAUUCGCUACUACGUUUUACCACAGAAAUAAUGUUUUUCAGAAAUAUAUUCUAUAUUUUAUUUGUAUUUUGCAAUGUAAUAGCUUGUUUUAACGUUCUUGGAAGAAUGUUUGUUGCUGAAAAUGAAAUCGACGAUGAAGAUGUCUGUGUUGUGGACAAUGUAAAACACAAAAUAGGAGAAAGUUGGUCCAUUCUUGGUGAGUGCAACACCUACAAGUGUCUCAGCCCUAAUCACGUUACUGCUCUUACAUGUGCCUCAGCAAUGGUAGAUGAAACCUCUGGCUGUAAAAUUACUGAGAUGGAUCUCACCAAAUUGUACCCAGAUUGUUGCCCUAAGGUGGUAUGUCCUCCGACAGGUAGUCCAAACUUACCGCAACGCCUAUAAAACAUUUAAAUUUAGAUAAAUAAGUAGAGAAAAGGUGAAUAUGUAACUUUACUAUUGAUAAAUUUACAUGUAUUUAUGUUUAUAAUUAUUAGUUUUUGUGACUCGUAUAUAUAAAUUAAAGUAAAUUUCUUUAGUAGGUCACAAAA